AUGCCUUCCGCAACAGCAGCACGCACAAUGAUCCGUUCCUGGGCCCGCCAAAUGACUGAGCCUCACCCAUUCGCUCGCAACCCCGUCACCGUUAAGCCAUACCCAGCGCAGUACCGCGUUAUGUUCCGCAAGCUGGGGAGGACGAGCGCUGUUUUCUUCCCCUGGUACGUCAUCGUCCUCGGCUGGCCACUCGCCGCUGAGUGGGUGUUGAACGGGCGUAUGUGA